AUGGCCAUGGUGAGCGGGGGAUGGGGCAACCCCAACGGGGACACCAACGGCCUGGGGGAGAAGGCCUACCUGAGGAGGGAGGACACGGAGGAGGGGGGGGGCGGCUCGCCUCAGGCCGGCAGCAGCGACGUGGAGGUCGGCGACGAGGACAAGAGCUGCUGCGUGGUGGACUGCGUGGUGUGCGGGGACAAGUCCAGCGGGAAGCACUACGGCGUGUUCACCUGCGAGGGCUGCAAGAGCUUCUUCAAGAGGAGCAUCCGGAGGAGCCUCAACUACUCCUGCAGAUCUAAUCGAGAAUGCCAGAUCGACCAGCAUCACCGUAACCAGUGCCAGUACUGCCGUCUGAAGAAAUGUUUCCGUGUAGGAAUGCGCAAAGAAGCAGUCCAGAGGGGUCGCAUCCCUCCGUCUCUCUCGGGUAUCAGUCCCAACUCGCUGGCCGGCGGCGGUCCGGGUCUCAUCGGGUCGGACUUCUUCAACGGGACGCCGGUGUCGGAGCUCAUCUCCCAGCUGCUCCGGGCCGAGCCGUACCCCAGCAGCCGCUACGUGACCCCGUACGGCCAAGGCCAGAUGCAGGCGUCCGCCAGCGGAGCCUCCGUCAUGGGCAUCGACAGCAUCUGUGAGCUGGCGGCGCGGCUGCUCUUCAGCACCAUCGAGUGGGCCCGGAACAUCCCGUACUUCCCAGAACUCCCAGUCUCAGAGCAGGUGGCGCUGCUGAGGCUGAGCUGGAGCGAGCUCUUCAUCCUGAACGCCGCUCAGUCCGCCCUGCCGCUGCACAUGGCUCCUCUGCUGGCCGCCGCCGGCUUCCACUCGUCCCCCAUGUCGGCGGAGCGCGUGGUGUCCUUCAUGGACCAGGUCCGGGUGUUCCAGGACCAGGUGGACAAGCUGAACCGGCUGCAGGUGGACUCAGCCGAGUACAGCUGCCUCAAAGCCAUUGCACUAUUUUCACCUGAUGCUUGUGGUCUGACGGACCCAGCCCACGUGGACUCCCUCCAGGAGAAGGCCCAGGUGGCCCUCACCGAGUACGAGAGGCUGCAGUACCCCAACCAGCCACAGCGCUUUGGCCGCUUGCUGCUGCGCCUGCCGGCUCUGCGCGCCGUGCCGGCCAACCUCAUCUCCCAACUCUUCUUCAUGCGGCUGGUGGGCAAGACGCCCAUCGAGACGCUGAUCCGAGACAUGCAGCUAUCGGGGAGCUCCAUCAGCUGGCCCUAUGUACCGGGGCAGUGAACCCAGCUGGUUCUGGUCCUAUGUACCGGGGCAGUGAACUCAGCUGGUUCUGGCCCUACGUACCGGGGCAGUGAACCCAGCUGGUUCUGGCCCUACGUACUGGGGCAGUGAACCCAGCUGGUUCCAGAGGGAGGCAGACUGAGAUUAGAUUGAAUCAGAGCUCACA